UUGUCGUUGUUCUUCAGUUUGGUGAGAAUUUUGUUAUCUAACAUGAUAGAGUUUUUUUUGGUUUUAUUUUUUACCCCAUUAUUCUUUUGUUGUUUGUUUUUUUUUGUUUUUUCAAAACAGGGUUUCUUUGGCUGUCCUGGAACUAGCCUUGCACUCACAGAGAUCCACCUGCCUCUGCCUCAAGUUCUGGGAUUAAAGGUGUAUACCACCACUGCCUGGCCCAUUAUUCUUACUAACACAAAGAGCAAUUCUCCCUUAUGUAAAUGCACAAAUAAAAUUUGAAAUUUUUUGUUAUAUUUUGUAUCAAAUUUCUGAAGAGGCUGGCUACAUUUUAUUUAUGGGUAACCUUGAGAAUUUCUCUAAUAUUGAAUCUUCUUCUAGUACAUGGUAUGUAUGGUUUUUCUAUUUAGUCCUCUUUAUUUUUUGUUACACAGGCUGGAUUUGUAUUUAUGCAUAAAUUUUUUUAGUUUUCUACUUUACUGAGGUACAAUUUUUUUUUUCGGUGUGUGAACAUGUGUAUGUAGAGGUCAGAGGUCAACAUUUAAUGUUAUCCUCAUUCUCCACCUUAUUUUUGAAACAAGGUCUCUCACUGCACAUGGAACCUACAGAUUUGGAUCUAGCUAGAUUGGCUACCAGCCAGCCCAGGUAUCCACAACCCAAGGGAGCCUCCUGUCUCUGCCUCCCCUACCCCCAAUAGAACUAGAGGCAUGUGCAACUAGUCUUGGCUUUUUAUAUGAGAGUUGGGAAUCUGAGCUUAAGGGCUCAUGUUUUCGUGACAAGUACUGCCAAUUGAGAUAUCUCACUAGCCUCUUGAAGUGUGAUUUUAAUACAAAAUGUAUGCCUUUGAGAUUUAUUUCCUGUUAUUUCAUUUCCAUUGCUACAAUAAAAAUACCUGAAAAAAUACUAUAAAGAAAAGAGAUUUAUUUAGUUCAGCCUUAGAGGCUGAAUAUCAUGGUGCAGGUUCUCAUGUAAGCCUUACCUAUGGUACCUUAAAACAGACAGCAGUGGGGGAGCUGUGAUCUCCUGAUAUCCAGGAAGCCAGAGACUAGGAGGGCUGGUCUCAUGCUCUUAUAAUAACCGUCUGAUAAGAACUAGCCAGGAUUCCAGGAGAAAUUCUUUAGUCCUGCAGGAAGACACUUUGCCCUGACACUGUGGCCCAGUGUGAUGCCAUACUGGUUAAAGGGCUUUGCUGUCUCCCAACACUACCAUACUGGGACCAUACUUCUAACACAUGGACUCUGUGGAUACAGUAGUACUCUGCUGAAUUGUUUCUUAUCGAGACACCCUGCUGCUAUUUCUCGGAGCAGCAUGGUAGGGAGCUCACCUACCUUCCAGGUAGCAACUGUUGUUUGGCCCUAGGCUUUGGCUAACCAGCUGUCUUUGUAGUAAAGGAGAUGGCUGCCAUUCUCCUUUCAGAUACCCCAAUUCAGAGACGCUCUUACAUACUUGCAAUAAAUUAGAGUAAUUACAUGCUAGAUUUUUUUGGCAUAAUAUUUUAAAUUGUAAUUUGGUAGUACUUUAUUUAGGUUCUUCUAUGUUAUAAAGUACUAUUGACUUAUUGUUCCAUUGUUCCCCAGUCCAUCACAUUUUCUUUUCUUAGAAAAAAAAUUCUUAUCAGCUUUGGUGUCAGGAAUGUGCUAAUUUGAUAAAGGGAACUUUACAGCUUUCUCUUAUGAAUUAUUUUCUGGGAAUUUGAAAGUUCCUGUGUGGCUGGGCAGCAAGGAGCCACUUCAGAAGUCAUCCUAUUUGAUUGGCCUUGCUAACAAUUUCCCACACUGAUAGGAGCCCCUCUCUUCAGUGCAGGUCCUAAUCUGAAGGAGUGGCUGAGGGAGCAGUUCUGUGACCAUCCACUAGAGCACUGUGAAGAUACACGGCUCCAUGAUGCAGCCUACGUAGGGGACCUCCAAACCCUAAGGAACCUAUUGCAAGAGGAGAGCUACCGAAGGAAUGGAUGCAGUUAAUUGAUGGAAGUCCCUGUGGGAGACCUACACUACUGCCUUUGUGUAGACAAUUCACAAGCAAAGGAUUCCUAACCAGCCAGGACCGCAUCAAUGAGAAGUCUGUCUGGUGCUGUGGCUGGCUCCCCUGUACACCACUGAGAAUUGCAGCCACUGCAGGCCAUGGGAACUGUGUGGACUUCCUCAUACGCAAAGGGGCAGAGGUGGACCUGGUGGAUGUCAAGGGGCAGACUGCUCUGUAUGUGGCUGUAGUGAAUGGGCACCUGGAGAGCACGAAGAUCCUUUUGGAAGCUGGUGCUGACCCCAAUGGCAGCCGGCACCACCGCAGCACUCCUGUCUACCAUGCCUCUCGAGUGGGUAGGGAUGACAUCCUGAAGGCUCUUAUCAGGUAUGGGGCGGACGUAGAUGUCAACCAUCAUUUGACUCCUGACACCCGGCCCCCUUUCUCAAGGCGGCUUACCUCCUUGGUGGUCUGUCCUUUAUACAUCAGUGCUGCCUACCAUAACCUUCAGUGCUUCCGGCUCCUCCUGCAGGCUGGGGCAAAUCCUGACUUCAAUUGCAAUGGCCCUGUCAAUACACAGGAAUUCUACAGGGGCUCCCCUGGGUGUGUCAUGGAUGCUGUCCUGCGCCAUGGUUGUGAGGCAGCCUUCGUGAGCCUGCUGGUAGAGUUUGGCGCCAACCUGAACCUAGUGAAGUGGGACUCACUGGGCCCAGAGGCGAGAGGCAGAAGGAAGAUGGACCCUGAGGCCUUGCAGGUCUUUAAGGAGGCCAGAAGUAUUCCCAGGACCUUGCUGAGUUUGUGCCGUGUGGCUGUGAGAAGAGCUCUUGGCAAAUACCGACUGCAUCUGGUUCCCUCGCUGCCCCUGCCAGACCCCAUAAAGAAGUUUCUGCUUUAUGAGUAGAAUUCAGAUGCAGUGUUGACUGCAGUGAGGAAGCCGAUCGUCUGCAGUGAAAGUUGACACAGACUCUUGCAUCCUGUGCUGCCAACUUGUUCCCUCGCUGUCAGUGAAGAAGAAAUGGCCAUGUUCUCCUGAAUUGUGAUUCCGUCUCAGGUGCUUGGGCCAUCGAACACUCCUUGAGUCAUUGUCAGCUGAGAGGCGUAUACAAACUUAAUUUUGUUUUUCAGUAUCUCUGUUUUGGACUUUUACUUUUGCAUAUUAAUGAAAUGGGCUGUAAAUGUGCAGUAUGGGUUGAAUCUGCAAGCCUCGUGGUAGCCCUAGUGGGGAAAGCUUGUAUUUUACAAAGCUAUGCUUCUAUUUAUGUUUUACUUUGCAAUUUAAUUGUUCUUUUAAGGCUUGAUAUCCAAACAAGAAGAGAAUUUUGGUAAGAAAGCGUGGAGAGAACAGAAACACAGUUCAUGCACUUGCUAGUCUGA